AUGCGAUUUAUGUGGGAUCAGAUUGGUAUUAAAGGAAAUAGGAAAAGGAUAGAGAUAUUUUUAAGAGGUACUUUUCAAACGUCUUCUAAUUGGGAAGUCUUUCCUCAAGCCCUUAAUGUAUUAGAUAACUCUUGUAUGAAAAUGAGAUCAUUCCUUUGUGAAUUUGUAAGCCGUUUAACUCCUGCAGCUCAUAUUGAAAUAAAAGAUUUAUAUUGGUAUCAAAAAGCAGCUGAGCAAGGAUUUGAUAAUGCAAAAUUUAAUUUAGGUUUGUGGUAUAAUAAUGAAAUUUUUAUUGAAAAAGAUGAGGCUGGAAGAUUUUAUUGGUGUCAAAAAGCAGCAGAAGAUGGAGAUAAAACCGCACAAUUUAAUUUAGGAAUUUAUUAUUAUUAUGGAGUUGGUAUUGAAAAAGAUGAAGCCAAAUCCUUUUAUUGGUUUCAAAAAGCGGCUGAAAGUGGAUUUAAAGGAGCACAAUUUAAUCUAGGGAUAUGCUAUCAAUAUGGAGAUUGCAUUGAAAAAGACAAAAUAAAAGCUUUCUAUUGGUAUCAUAAAGCAGUGAAAAAUGGACUUAAACAAGCUCAAUAUAAUUUGGGUAUAUAUUAUGAAAAUGGAGUAGGCAUUGAUAAAAAUGAAGAUAAAGCCUUUUAUUGGUAUCAAAAAGCAGCAGAAAAUGGAGUUAAAGAAGCACAAUUUAAUCUAGGUUUAUGUUAUGAAAAUGGAAAUGGGAUUGGAAAAGAUGAAGUUAAGGCUUUUUAUUGGUAUCACAGGGCAGCAGAAAAUGGACUUAAAGAAGCACAAUAUAAUUUAGGUACAUGUUAUAAAAAUGGAGAUGGUAUUGAGAAAGAUGAUGUUAAAGCUUUUUAUUGGUAUCAAAAAGCAGUAGAAAAUGGACUUAAAGAAGCACAACUUAAUUUAGAAAAUUGUCGUUUCAAUGGAAUUGGUAUUGAAAAAGAUGAAGUUAACAUUUUUUAUGCACACCAUAAACCAGAAGAGAGGAGUUUAAAUGCAAUCAAAUGGAUUGAAAAUGCCUUAAAGUAUGAAAAAGUUAAAUUUAUACCUUAUAAAGAAAUAAAAAAUACACAACCACUUUGUAAAGGAAGAUUUGGGCAUAUUUCAAAAGUAAUAUGGACAAAAAUAAAUAAUUAUGUUAUUUAUCAAAAAACAAGUGAAUACCUUCUUAUAAUGGAAUAUGCUAAUGGUGGAGAUCUUCAAAGCUAUCUCAAAAAUAAUUUUAAUUAUUUGACUUGGAACGAUAAGAAAAAAUUGGCAUUUCAAAUUGCAGAUGGACUAAAUUACUUGCAUAAUGAAAAUGUUAUACAUAGAGAUCUUCAUUCUAGGAAUAUAGUUAUUCAUGAAAAUACUGCUAAAAUUACAGAUUUUGGUAUAUCAAAAAAUCAGAAUGAUCAAAUUUCAAUAGCUUAUAUUGAUAACUUUGGUGUUGUUGCUUAUAUGGAACCAAAAUGUCUUAUAGAUCCGAAUUUUCCAUAUACUAAAUCUUCAGAUAUUUAUAGUUUUGGCGUACUAAUGUGGGAAAUUUCUAGUGGAUAUCCUCCAUUUAAAGAUAAUGAUAAUAUAUUUCAAAUGACGUUAUUAAAAGAUAAUAUUAAAGAAUGGCAAGUCAGUGAUGAGACUUCAGAACAUCUUCAAUCUUCUUUAAUUAUUGAAUUGAAUCAUCUCGACAAACUGAUGAAAUCUGGAUAA